GCGGUUCCGUGUGGCUCUAACAGAAGGAGGAAAGGUUCAAACUUUGCAGGAUUGUGACUUAUUCUCUUCCUACACCAUGUCCUCUACUCUGAAAGUCCACAGCGAGCUCAAAGCCCAGGUGGAGACAUUCAGGGCUCAGAUCACCAGUGAAGCUGAGCACCUGGUUGCCAGCGUUUUCCCUCAAAAACUACUGGAGCUGGAUAACUUUGUGAAGGAGCCCAUUCUCAACGUGGCCGACUUGAGAGAAAUCCAUUCAGAGGUCAAGAUCAAAGUCCCGGAGCCCAUCGUCUUCACCAACAGUCAUGAUGGUGUGGACACAAAUACCAAGAAGAGGAAACUAGAAGAUGGAGUAGCUGAUGGGAACUGCCAAGGCGGAACCAACAAACAGGUGAUGCCAGAGGGAAUGCUGACAUGUAACACCAAGCUGGCGGACCUGAUCGAACGAGUCAAACCAGAGAUCAGGGCGCUGAUUGAGAAGUGUAACACCGUUAAGAUGUGGGUCCAGCUGCUCAUCCCAAGAAUCGAAGACGGAAACAACUUUGGAGUCUCCAUACAGGAAGAGACGGUGGCAGAGCUGAGGACGGUGGAGUCAGAGGCUGCGUCUUACUUGGACCAGAUAUCCAGAUAUUACAUCACUAGAGCCAAGCUGGUGUCUAAAAUCAUCAAGUACCCUCACGUGGAGGACUACAGGAAGACGGUAUCAGAGAUUGAUGAAAAGGAGUACAUCAGUCUGAAGAUCAUUGUGUCAGAGCUCAGGAAUCAAUAUGUGACUCUUCAUGAUAUGAUCCUGAAGAACAUUGAGAAGAUUAAGAAACCAAGAAGCUUCAACUCUGAAGCUCUUUAUUAACCCACACACACACACACACACACACACACACACACACACACACACACACACACACACACACACACACACACACACACACACACACACACAUAUACACAUUCAAACACAAAAUAUCAAAUAGUUAAAAAUAUACUGACUCUGUUCACAUUAAGUAUUGACAUGAAUGAUCUGAACUGGGCUAGAGCAAACAAUACAAACAUUAAGUACACACACACACACACACACACACACACACACACACACACACACACACACACACACACACACUUCAGCAUCUAAACCAGCUGUGGUUGGGAUGCUCCUCCAUUUCUUGUUGUUGGCCUUCCUCUGCAGACAUAGUCCCUGACACGUAAACUCUCAGUUCUGGCUCUGCAGUGCUCUGGGAUCUGACCUCAGACUCUUUUCUCAUCAGUAUGUGGAGUAAAAAGAAAAAAGCGACUUCAUCUUCAGUCUCACAUCUGCCACUCUGCUGGGACAGAAGCUCAGGAGUCUCCCGCUGCUUUCUUUUCCUGUCUCCCGGAUGCUUUAUCAGAAGUCUUGAUCUUCUGGAUGCUGUGACCCCACACAUUUUACCAUCUGUCCCUCUGCU